CGCGUUGCCGUGUGCUCGGCAUGGCGGGGGCGGCCGGCGGCGGCGCGGCUGUCAGGCUGCUCCUCGGAGCGCUGCUCUGCAGAGUGACAGAGUGUCGAGGGAUCUUGGACAAUAUUCAGCGAUUUUCUUCAUUACCAACAUACCUACCUGUGAGCUAUCGGAUCUUCAGUGCUGAGACAUCUUUCUUUCUCAAAGAAGCCAACCAAGACUUUAUGCGAAAUUCCAGUUUGCAGUCUAGGGUGGAAUCGUUCUUCCCAUAUAAAGCCAAGAAGCCACCAAUAUUAAAUGCCAGUUAUGGACCUUUUUCUGUUGAACAAGUCGUGCCCCAGGAUCUAAUGUUAACUUCCAACUUCUUUGGACCUACCAACAAGUUUACUUAUAACUGGAAACUUAAGGCCUACAUAAUGAGUGACAAAAUUUAUCCCAGCAAGCCCAAAGUUCAGAUCCUGUUCUACAUUGUGGGCAGGGACUGGGAUGACUAUAGCACCACAGAGCGGCUGCCCUGCCUGCGGGUGUUUGCCUUUCGAGAGACACGGGAAGUCAGAGGCAGCUGCAGGCUGAAAGGGGACCUGGGGUUGUGUGUGGCAGAGCUGGAACUCCUGCCAAGCUGGUUUAACCCCCCAACGGUUGUUGCUGGCCGUAAGAAGGCACCAGAUCAGUUUGAAGGGAGCCCUGUGGAGCUUUACUACACUAUCCAGCUGGGAGAUGAGAAGGGGGAGUGUACCGCUGAGGAUUUAAGGAAGGGCAAUUCUAUCCGGCCAGGAAAAGAUGGCAUUGAUGAAACCAUGUCCCACUUGCAGAGGAUUGGAUCUGUCAGCCUGUAUCGAGGCCAGGAGACUUCUCAGCUUAUGGAGCUGCGGCUGGAUAGUAAUAUUGUCAUCUGGUUGCCCUCAAAGCCUGUCAAACAAGGAGAGGUUGUGAAUGUUUAUGUGACAGUCGCCAACAACUCUACGGUGGAUCAGUUCAUACUCAGGGCAAAGGUGAAGAAAGGUGUAAACAUUCUCGGUGCAAAGGCAAGUGACCCCCGGCAGUGGGAUGUGAAACAAGAAGUGGGGAAUGGUGGAAAGCAUUUGACCACAACAGUUGUUUGUCAGAGGAUAGCACCAAGUUCAAGGAACAGAAGUAACGGUUUAUUCCAUGAGGUCGUGCAGAUGAACUUUGAAAUAGCCAGUUUCAGCAGCCUUUCUGGAACGCAGCCCAUCACCUGGCAGGUGGAAUACCCUCGGAAGGGGACAACAGACAUAACUUUGUCUGAAAUCUUCAUCUGCCAAAAGGAUCUUGUUGGAAUUGUUCCACUGGCAAUGGACACGGAAAUUCUGAACACAGCAAUUCUCACAGGAAAAACUGUUGCCGUGCCCAUCAAAGUAGUCUCCAUUGAGGAGAACAGUGCUGUGACAGACAUCUCGGAAUCUGUUGAGUGCAAGUCCUCUGAUGAAGAUGUCAUCAAGGUUUCUGACAGGUGUGACUAUGUUUUUGUCAAUGGCAAAGAAAUGAAAGGCAAGGUGAAUGCACUUGUGAACUUCACGUAUCAGUAUCUGAGUGCUCCUCUGCAAAUCACAGUCUGGGUUCCACGCCUGCCUCUUCAGAUCGACAUUUCGGACACUGAACUGAGUCAAAUAAAAGGUUGGCGAGUCCCCGUUGUUUCCAACAAAAGACCCACCAGAGACAGUGAUGACGAGGAUGAAGAUGAACGGAAAGGACGAGGAUGCACUCUGCAGUACCAACAUGCCAUGGUGCGCGUCCUGACACAGUUUGUAGCUGAGGACUCCAGCCCUUGGGGUCAGCUGAACUACCUCCUCGGCUCAGACUGGCAGUUUGACAUUACAGACCUGGUAAUGGAUUUUAUGAAAGUGGAAGAGCCUCACAUUGCCAAGUUGCAGGAUGGCAGGAUUUUGAUCGGACGGGAAAUAGGAAUGACAACAAUGCAGGUUUUGUCUCCUCUGUCUGACUCCAUCCUGGCAGAGAAGACAGUGACUGUGCUGGAUGACAAAGUGACCAUAACAGACCUUGGAGUCCAACUGGUGGCUGGGCUUUCACUCUUUCUUCAGCCAAGCACAGCAAGUAGUCGAGCUAUUGUGGCUACAACAGUUGCCCAAGAGCUGCUUCAUACUCCUAAACAGGAAGCUGUGGUAAGCACCUGGAUUCAAUUCAGUGACAGCUCUGUUACUCCCCUGGAUAUUUAUGACUCCAAGGACUUCUCCCUUUCUGCUAUAUCAUUAGAUGAAUCUGUUGUCUCGAUCCAUCAGAAUGCUGCCUUAAAAUGGCCAGUUGUUACAGCAGAAGGUGAAGGUCAGGGCACAUUAAUCAAGGUAGAUAUGAUGAUUUCCGAAGCCUGCCAAAAGUCCAAGAGGAAAAGUGUCCUGGCUGUUGGGAAUGGCAACAUCAAAGUCAAGUUUGGCCAGAAUGAUGCUGACCUCGAUACAGGCGGAGAUUAUGAUGCUGAUGAAAUUGAAAACCGUGCUAGCGACCGGCGGCACAAGGUGUCAGAUCAGGAACGUUAUGGUCAGGAUGGACGACAUUAUGGUAGCUCUUCAGCAGAACGAGAGGAAAGCGCCAUCAGGAAAGUCAGUACUACAGCAAAAUCUGUAAUAAAAAAUAAAGUAAUUAAAAACAAUAGGCUAGAUGGCAGCAAACUGUCAGAUGAUAGUCAGCUGCAGAACAUUCCCAUAGACUUCACCAAUUUCCCUGCUCAAGUUGACCUCCCAAAAAGCAAUGCAGGCAUGGAGGAAAAUGACCUGGUACAGACACAUAGGGGCCUUAGUGAUCUGGAGAUCGGGAUGUAUGCACUGCUAGGGGUCUUCUGCCUGGCAAUUCUUGUCUUCCUAAUAAACUGUGCAACGUUUGCACUGAAGUACCGUCACAAGCAGGUUCUGGUGGAAGGACAGGCCACCAUGACCCAUUCUCAUGAUUGGGUCUGGCUAGGAAAUGAAGCAGAACUGCUGGAGAACGCAGGAGAUGUAUCACCUCAGCAGGAUGAGCACACAACUAUUAUCGACCGAGGGACAGGCUGCGAAGAGAGCAACCAGCUUCUGAAUGGCAGUGCUCAGAAGAACAUUCAGAGCCAGAUUCAUAGGUGUGCUGACUCAGGGGGCAAACUCGGAAAGGAACAGAAAUCUGAACCUUUACAUUCUCCAACAUCUAAACGGAAGCGGGUUAAAUUCACAACAUUCACUACCAUCCCACCUGACGAUGGUUGUCCUACUGUCAACUCGAUCCUAAGCAGCAAUGAUGAUGAUAUUAAGUGGGUGUGCCAGGAUAUGGACCUGGGGGACUCCAAAGAGAUACGAAAGUACAUGGAGAAGUUCAAAGACAAAGUGUAGCUCCUUGCUGGUUUUAUUGGUUUAACCACACCUUGAUGCCUUCAGUUCUACAGUAUAUAUUGGGACAGAAGAGGGGGAGGGGAAGGAAUCCACAGGAGAAGUGAUAAGGCAGUUUUUAUAAUCAGGGAAAGAAAUUUGCCAAACUGUCCAUGGUUUGUUUUUUGUUUCGUUUUUUAGCUUUGUUUUGUUUUUCCAGCAGAUAUUCUAUCAUUCAUGGAUUUAGGAAAUGGAAUAUAAAUAGCAGAAAGGAAUAAGAAAUUGGAGUGACCAGUAUGAUGAACUGGGCAAGGUGAGGUUGUGAAAAUUUAUUUGUGAAAAUUUAUUUUAUGGGUCAUCGUAAUCAUAAUGAUAAUAAUGUUUCAAAGUACCAAAAAUAUUUGUUAAAAAAAAGAACAUAAGAGAGCAUGAAAAGAAUAAACAGGAGACAAACAAUAACUUGUUUAUAUUUCUAAUAAAAGAUCAAGAUUGUGGACACAUGACCUGUAAGGAGACUUUUUAGAUUGUUACUUGAUUGUUUCUUUCUGUUCCUUCAUUUGAAGUGAAGACAUGUCCUUGUUAUUAAGUGUGUGUAGGAGGGAGAAAUUACCUGUUACUUUUAUUUUUACUUUCUAUUUGUCUUGCAAGGUGAUCCUGAAUCAUUUUCCACAUUGUAUUUUUCUUUUAAGGAUCUUUAAAAAACAGGAAAAUUUGCAAUUCAGUAAGUUUGCAGUGGACCAAGAAUAUUUUGUUUCUAAGUUAGCUAUAAAUAAUUUCCUGUAAUUUGAAGAGCUCAGAGGAUAAAUAUUAACUCAUAAUUUCUGUGUGGUGUCUCUUCUAAAAGUAUAAGCCUCAGUUGCUUCACACUAGCUAGAAAUAUGUUCUAUUUGGAAGAAGUGUUAAUUUUACUUGCAGGUUUGGUUUGUUUGUUUAGUUGUUUGUUCUAAAUUUCCACAACCAAAGUUCCCAUGUUUCACCAACGGAAGAAGGUGCUGUUUUAUGUUAGCAUUUAGAAGUAACAACUGAUGGGAAUGCCCCACUGGUACAUUUUAAAUAUACCUGGAACUGAGACCAUCAUGGGCCAAAUAUGUACAGCCUGGAUUUUAUUUUUUGCCAAUUCUAUGAAUUUAUAAUUUCAUUCUGUAGUUUUCUGCUUAUUCUAAUGUCACCAGCUCUAAUCAAGCUCUGAAAACUAGAAGAAGAAUGGACAGAAAGACAUUGAUUUCCCCCGAAUGUUUAUGUCCUUGUACUGGAAGAGCUGGCCUCUGGACACACUGUUUGAAGGGAGGGAAAUGUUACUGAACCAAGAUCAAGAAAUACUUGGAGCUAUUUUAUAGAUACUUUUGCCAUUGGACUAGCUCAGACUGAAAAUUCUAGAUUAGAUUGUAAAGCUGUUGUUUUGAAUAACAAAAUACAAAACCAGUAAUGAGUCUGAAGCAAAUACAAAGUAGAGUAGUAGACUCUUUGUGUAAAGUGGCAGCACGUCCUCUCAGUGCCAGUUUACACUAAUGGAGGAUGCAGAUCACAGUCUAUGCAAUGAGGAAACCACUGUCAUCCAAAAUCUUUUGUAACUGAGAUAAGGUUGUUAUAGCAAGCCUUUAGGCAAGCAGUAUUAUGUCUUGACUGUUAGCUGGAAGCACUUGCAUUGUUUGUCAGUUCCUGUCUUUAGACCCAUGUAUUCCUUUUUUUAAUUACUACAUUCAGUAAUUUGGGUUUUUUUUUUACUUGGACAAAAUCAAUCCUGCCACCCAGUAACAUAGAUGGACGUUUUAACAAGAUAUGCCUAGUAUGCAUUGUAGACUGAAAGAAUGUAAUAUUUAUUUAUACGUUAUACGAAUUGUAAUUAAA